AUGGCUAGCCACGGCACGGCCACUCCAGACCAGGAGGAUGGACACCAGCUGAAGAACUCCAUCCAUGACCGUAUGAGGGCCAAUUCCACCAUCAUGCAGCUCAAGAAGCUCCUCGUCGCCAACCGAGGCGAAAUCCCCAUUCGAAUCUUCCGAACCGCCCACGAACUCUCUCUCCAGACCGUGGCUGUCUACAGUUACGAGGACCGUUUGGGCAUGCACAGACAAAAGGCGGAUGAAGCUUACAUGAUUGGCAAACGCGGUCAAUAUACCCCGGUCGGCGCCUACCUGGCUGGUGACGAGAUCAUCAAGAUCGCACUGGCCCAUGACGUCCAGAUGAUCCAUCCUGGCUAUGGCUUCUUGUCUGAGAACGCCGAGUUUGCUCGCAAGGUCGAGGAAGCCGGCAUUAUCUUUGUGGGCCCGACACAUCAGGUCAUUGACUCUCUUGGUGACAAGGUCUCGGCUAGAAAUCUUGCCAUGAAAUGCGACGUCCCUGUCGUCCCCGGUACCGAAGGCCCUGUAGAGGCAUAUGAGGAUGUCAAGGCCUUCACGGAUCAGUACGGCUUUCCCAUCAUCAUCAAAGCCGCUUUCGGAGGUGGAGGCCGUGGCAUGAGAGUUGUACGAGACCAGGAAAGUCUGAAGGACUCGUUCCAACGCGCCACCUCCGAGGCCAAAUCCGCCUUCGGCAACGGCACUGUCUUCGUCGAGCGCUUCCUUGACAAGCCCAAACACAUUGAAGUGCAGUUGCUGGGUGACAACCACGGCAACGUGGUUCACCUGUACGAGCGAGACUGCAGUGUCCAGCGUCGGCAUCAGAAAGUUGUUGAGAUCGCCCCGGCCAAAGAUCUCCCAUCUGAAGUCAGGGAUGCCAUCCUCAAUGACGCAGUCAAGCUGGCCAAGUCAGUCAACUACCGCAAUGCUGGAACGGCCGAGUUCUUGGUGGACCAACACAACCGGUAUUACUUCAUUGAAAUCAACCCCCGAAUCCAGGUCGAACACACCAUCACUGAAGAAAUCACGGGAAUUGAUAUCGUCGCGGCUCAGAUCCAGAUCGCUGCUGGAGCAACUCUGGAGCAGUUGGGUCUCACCCAAGACCGUAUCUCCACUCGGGGCUUCGCCAUUCAGUGCCGUAUCACCACCGAGGAUCCCUCCAACAACUUUUCCCCAGACACGGGCAAAAUCGAAGUCUAUCGAUCCGCCGGUGGAAACGGUGUCCGACUUGACGGUGGCAACGGUUUCGCCGGUGCUAUCAUUACGCCCCACUACGAUUCCAUGUUGGUCAAGUGUACCUGCCACGGCUCUACUUACGAGAUUGUUCGUCGUAAGAUGCUGCGAGCCCUGGUUGAGUUCCGCAUCCGUGGUGUGAAGACCAACAUUCCAUUCUUGGGGUCGUUGCUGACCCAUCCUGUGUUCGUUGCGGGAACUUGCUGGACCACCUUCAUCGAUGACACCCCAGAACUGUUCAAGUUGAUCGGCAGCCAGAACCGAGCUCAGAAAUUGCUUCAAUACCUGGGCGAUCUGGCCGUCAAUGGCAGCAGCAUCAAGGGACAAAUUGGCGAGUCGAAGUUCAAGGGCGAGAUCAUCAUGCCGAAGAUGCUCGACAACCAGGGCAAUGAGAUCGAUGUGACCGUCCCUUGCACUCAAGGCUGGAAAUCCAUCAUUGACAAAGAGGGUCCCGAUGGAUUUGCCAAGGCGAUCCGGGCGAACAAGGGUUGUCUGAUCAUGGACACCACCUGGCGUGAUGCACAUCAGUCGCUGUUGGCCACGCGUGUUCGCACAGUCGAUUUCUGCAACAUUGCUCGCGAGACCAGCUAUGCGCUCAACAACGCCUUCGCCUUGGAAUGCUGGGGUGGCGCCACCUUCGAUGUCGCAAUGAGGUUCCUCUACGAAGAUCCUUGGGAUCGAUUGCGGAAGUUGAGAAAGUUGGUACCCAACAUCCCAUUCCAGAUGUUGCUGCGAGGUGCCAACGGCGUGGCCUACAAAUCACUUCCGGACAAUGCCAUCUACCAUUUCUGCAAGCAGGCCAAGAAGAACGGCAUGGAUAUCUUCCGAGUCUUUGAUGCCCUCAACGACAUCGACCAACUGGAGGUUGGCAUGAGGGCUGUUCAGGAAGCCGGAGGCGUGGUCGAGGGAACCAUCUGUUAUUCUGGUGACAUGUUGAAUCCGAAGAAGAAGUACAACUUGGAGUACUAUCUGGAACUGGUGGACAAGAUCGUCAAAAUCGGUACCCAUACCUUGGGAAUCAAGGAUAUGGCCGGUGUGCUUAAACCCAAGGCGGCCCGUCUUUUGGUUGGCAGCAUCCGCAAGAAGUAUCCCGACCUGCCCAUCCAUGUGCACACCCACGACUCUGCUGGAACCGGUGUGGCAUCUAUGGUUGCUUGCGCCGAAGCUGGUGCCGAUGCGGUCGAUGCGGCCACGGACAGCAUGUCUGGCAUGACUUCUCAACCCAGUAUUGGCGCCAUCCUGGCGUCCCUCGAAGGCACGCCCUACGAUCCUGGCUUGAAUGACCACAAUGUGCGAGCUCUUGACCAGUAUUGGUCUCAACUAAGAUUGCUCUACUCUCCCUUCGAAGCUGGCUUGACCGGGCCUGAUGCAGAAGUGUACGAACACGAGAUACCAGGAGGACAGCUGACCAACUUGAUCUUUCAAGCAUCUCAACUUGGUCUAGGGGCUCAGUGGCUCGAGACCAAGAAGGCGUACGAACAGGCCAAUGCUUUGUUGGGCGACAUUGUCAAGGUCACGCCCACUUCCAAGGUGGUGGGUGAUCUGGCUCAGUUUAUGGUGUCGAACAAGCUGAACUACGACGAUGUCAUUGCCAAAGCCAAAGAACUGGACUUCCCGGAGUCGGUGUUGGAAUUCUUCGAAGGCUACAUGGGCCAGCCAUAUGGAGGGUUCCCGGAACCACUUCGCACGGAUGCCUUGAGAGGUCGCCGGAAGAUGGACAAGCGACCUGGUCUGUACCUGGAACCGGUUGAUUUCGCCAAGGUCAGGAAGGAACUCAAGGAGAAGUACAACACGGUCUCGGAGACAGAUGUUGCCAGUUACGUCAUGUACCCCAAGGUCUUUGAGGAUUACCGCAAAUUCGUGGACAAGUAUGGUGAUCUGUCGGUGUUGGCCACCAAAUACUUCUUGAACAAGCCCGACAUUGGCGAGGAAUUCGAAGUGGAACUGGAAAAGGGCAAAGUGUUGAUCCUGAAGCUGUUGGCCAUCGGGCCUCUGUCGGAAUCCACGGGUCAACGUGAAGUGUUUUAUGAGAUGAAUGGUGAGGUCCGUCAAGUGACCAUCGACGACACCAAGGCUGCGGUGGAAAACACCAGCCGACCCAAGGCAGAUCCCAGCGAUAGCAGUCAAGUGGGUGCCCCGAUGGCCGGAGUGGUGGUGGAAGUCCGAGUCAAGGAAGGGAAUGAAGUCAAGAAGGGUGACCCGAUUGCCGUUUUGAGUGCCAUGAAGAUGGAAAUGGUGAUCAGUGCACCGCAUUCGGGCAAGGUUGGAAGCAUCCAGGUCAAAGAAGGAGAUUCGGUUGCCGGGUCGGAUUUGGUCUGCAGGAUUGAGAAGGCGUAG